AUGAGCAUUGAACAAAGAGCCAACAUUAAGUUUUGUUUUAAACUCGGUAAAACGUUUACCGAAACGUUUCAAUUGAUGCAACAAGUUUAUGGUGAUGAUUGCCUAUCCCGUGGAAGAGUUCAUGAGUGGUAUACGCGUUUUAAAAACGGUCGUGAAGACAUCAAUGACGACCCUCAUGUUGGCCAGGCCAAAUUCGUGAUUACGCCAGAGAGCAUCGAAAAAGUGCGUGAUUUUCUCAACAUUCAUCCGAAAUCGUCGUUGCGUUUUAUGGAAAUCGAAUUGGGAAUGUCCAAAGAUUCGAUUCAUCGCAUUUUGACCGAAAAAUUGGGCUAUCGGAAGGUUUGUUCUCACUUUGUACCGCACAAACUCACUGACGACCAAAAAUCGCUCAGAAUCCAACAUUGUAAGGACAUCGUUAAAGAGUCGAAAAAGGACAAAAACUUCCUUUACAACAUUAAUAUUCGCCUGAUCUGGCACCCUGUGACUUUUAUCUAUUCGGAAAACUUCAUUUGCCGAUGA